AGUAAGGAUAUUGUCAAUUCACCUUUAGGUGGAGUCACCGGAUCAACCAGCAAGGACAUAGAUCACCGACUAGCUGCCUGCUACACGCCCCGAGUAGUCUCACCAUUGCUGUCACCACGUUCACCUGAGGAAAGACAAGAGGCCGCGAGUUCUCACUCCACAAGACCAACAUGACAACAACACAUCAGUUAAUGGCCGCCGCCUUCUACCUGUGCGGGCUUUUGUUUCUUAUCCACGUCGACUGUGUGAACAGCAUCAGAUGCAAGACUUGUCAUUACACUAACCCCAACUGCAAUUCUGGAAAUGUGCCAGAUACAGAUUGUUGUUUCGAAAACGAUCAUUGCAUGAUUAUGAUAUUUAACUCCAGCACAUCAUCACAAGUGACAACCUUUCGAGGAUGCACAACAGGAGGACGUACCAAGUGUAUGUCUAUCGGCCCUAAUAUGUACUGUGCAAUCUACUGCUGCACGGACAACUGUAACUAGAUGACAUACCAUGAGAAGACGGCAUGUACCAUGGUCAUUUCGUCAUAAACCGCCAUUGACAGGCGGAAACUAUUGCUUUUGUUCUUCUAUAUUGUAAGAAAUAAGUUUGAAUGACAUUUAGCCAAAUUACACAGCAAACAAACCGUAUGAUUUCACUUCAAAGUCGUCUUUCGUCUAUUGUAAGGCAUCAUCGGAAAAGUUAUAAGCUGAUAUUGCUGUUAUUGAAGACUUUCUAAAAUGUUCUUUCGGCUUGUCAAUAAUCUAUGGUGACACCACACAUAAAAUUUUUCUUUUCUGUC